GAGGAGAAACGACCUUUGAGAAGAAUGACUGGACCCAGAAUAACUGGUUCGUUUAGGCAGAGGUUUGGAGGAAGAUUUUACAGACCACGGUAAUACCAGAAUACAUUUCAGAGCAACCUUGUGUAGUCUAAGGUUUGUUCUUGGUCAUUUCAACAUUUCCACAACUUCACCCACUCAUCCUAUUCAGAUUAGGUCUGAGAAAUACUCACUCACUCAUUCACGCUUUUUAUUUUCUGCAGUUUUCCUUACUGUACAUAUUCAUAAGGGACGAUCAUUCAUUCCGGAAGCACCACUUCAGUUUUGGGUUCCAGAGAUACCACUCCUUCACCUCCCGCCCACGGUUUCACUGGAGAGAGCAGUCCGGCCCCCCGGGGCCCCCAGGGCCACCACAAGGCCCCAACAGCCAGUACAAUGACCAGAGGAACAUGGACAGGAACUCCCCCACCAGGUCCUCGCCUAAAGAACACACCAGUAGGUUUACGGUUAUGUUGUGGUUGAGGGGAGUUUGGAUCAAAUUAACCUGUGGUUACAGGGUAAGCGCACUACCAUCUAUGCCAACAUGAACCAGAUCUCUUGGCAGAGUUCAUAGUAGGGUCUAGGGCUGCACAAUUAAUCGGAUUCACAUCGAAAUCUCAAUAUUGACAUGUGCAAUAUUCAUAUCGCAAGAAAUAUUUUGAAACGCAUCUCAGCCGCAUAAUGGCCUUUUUUAUAGUUCACCAAAAAAAAAGUGUCCUCUUGUGGCUGCUUCCCGCACACACCAAGCUCGCCCCCGUCACUUAGGCAGCGCAGUUCCUCCUCCUCGCUGUUAGAUCAUUUUAAGUUUGCAUGCUGUUCUCGUAGGUCAAAUGCAGUCAACCGAUUGUUCAAAACAAGAACGAUGCUACUUUCCACUUAGCUUCUCAACAUAGGUCAUUCUAUUUCUAGGAUUCCAACAGUUCACCCAAGUUUUUUGAUCUGUAUCGCAUGAAAAAUCGCAAUCACAAUAUUUGGUUAAAAAAAAUAUAUUUUGCCCAUAUUGGGCAGCCCUAGUACGGGCAAUAAAAUAUUUAUACCUAAAUACCAAUAUCACUUUUCUCUUGUGAACACUAGAGAGCAGUAUGAGCAAACAGUGUUCAUGUCAGCUCAGACAGUGAAUAUAUUAGCUACAUUUGGAAUGUGUUUUGCUCAUCAGUAUUCCUGGUGGUUGAUAGUCACCAAGCAACAACCUGACAAUGUUACAUAAUGCUGUCUGCACACAGCAUUGGUAGAUAUUAUAAUGACAGUAUUAUGUCAUCAUUCUAUACAAUGAAAUGGCUAGGAAUAGUAUCCUACUGAAAAAGUGCCAAUCAUUCCAACCUUCAUCAAACACCAGCAUUUUUAUGUCACCUCUCAUGUAGAAUACAGAAGGUGGUCCUCUGUAGCUCAAUUGGUAGAGCAUGGCGCUUGUAGCGCCAGGGUAGUGGGUUCGAUCCCCGGGACCACCCAUACGUAAAAAUGUAUGCACACAUGACUGUAAGUCGCUUUGGAUAAAAGUGUCUGCUAAAUGGCAUAUUAUAUUAUUAUAUGUUAUUAUUAUAAGAUAACAGCUGCUGAUCAUGAAAUUAUAAUAUAAUUUAUUUUAUACAGUACUGUAUUGGGCAUAUAUUUAAAGGGAUACUUUGGGGUUUUGGCAAAGAGGCCCUUUAUCUACUUCCCAGGAGUCAUAUAAACUCGUGGAUACCAUUUUUAUGUCUCUGUUUCCAGUAUGAAGGAAGUUAGAGGUAGUUUCGAGAGCUAAUGCCAACUAGCGUUACCCAUAGACUUCCAGUCAAUGCGCUAUCUGCUAGUAUGCUAGUAGAUACCCAUAGACUUCCAGUCAUUGCUCUAAUGCGAGUUAGCAUUUCCUCUUGAAUCUACCUCUAACUUCCUCAUUGCCAAAACCCCAAAGUAUCCCUUUAAGCACUGAACUGUAACUAUUUCUGAUCAUCAAAGUUAUCCUCAUCAUGUUAUUAUUAGUAUCAUGAAGAAUAUAAGUGGUUUAGUAAGACCACAAUCAAUGUGCCUGUAAGUCAUCAAUUAGUUAUUAUGCUUAAGCCCCAUUCUCUAUCAUGUUUGAAAGUGUUUUCUUGAAUAACUUUGUAUUGCCUUAAGAAUACCGAUGUAUUUUUAUCUGCAAUAGAAACCAUAAUUUCAUCUUUCAUCUCCUUGCUGCUGUUUAAAUUAGCUGUAUCGCUAUUCUCAACCAUGGUGGUGGUGGUUGUUUUUUCUCCUAUUUUAGGCAGCUGCUAUGUCUCUGCGCAGACUGCAGUACUGUGGAGGUGUGUGGGUGUGGGUGUGUGUGUGAGUGUGUGAGGAACAGGUUGCUCUAUGUGCCUGAGAGAUGUGCUAUGAUGGUGAAUCAUUGCUAUAGUGUGUGUUAGAGAUGGAGAAAGAGAUGGAAAACGAGAGAGAUAUAGCUAAAGAAAACGCUGAGAAAGAGGGAGUGAGGUAUCGGGCAGACAGCCAGCUCUGUAUACAGGUAAUGAACCAAAACAAAGCUAUCGCCUCACAUACCCACACUGCAGUCAAACGUUGUGAGGCAGACUUCGCAAAUCCCACCCAAUGCUGAAAGAAUGCUUAACGAAACAUACAUUUUAGCUCCUGCGCGCUGCCUGUACACAAUAACUCUUCCGCUGACGGUAGAGUGCAGCCAGAGAGAUGGAGAUGGGGAAGCUUAGUCCUGAAUUAUACCUGCAGCUAGAGACACUAAUGGGAUGUUAGUUUAGCCCUGAGGAGGACACUGGGUAGAUUGAGUAGUCCCAGCAUCAAUCACAGAUAUUAGAGUUAAUUGAGAGAUAUCAGCUGGGCCAAUCAAGGAUAUUAGAGUUCAUCACAGAUGUCAGCUGCUGUAGUUUAGCUCGAAGUUAUCACCCAUCUGUUCUAAGCUGUUGGUGUGUGUUGUGUUGAGUGGGGGCUUGUGUUGUAUUGUAUUGUUGUGUGAAGAUGCGGUAUGUCUGUGUGAUGUUGCAGGUGCUCUCAGGUCUUCUGCAGGCGCCAGCAGAGAGAAGGAGAAGCAGCCUGUGUCGUUCACAGUAAGUCCACAUUCCACCACUCCUCUCUGCCUCUUUUGGGAUCGGUGGAGUCUGUGCUUUAUACAGUAGGGCACACAUCCUGUAUCUGUUGUCAUGCUCCGCUAGUGUAUGGUGGUGACUGAAAACUUGUAAAUCAUUCCCUCUCUCUUCCAAAAACGACAACAUGUAGGUAGGCCUCUUUCACCAUAGAAAAACAACUUUUAGCCAGCAGGGUUUGGGUAGGUUACUUUCUAAAUGUAAUCCGUUACAGUUACCUGUCCAAAAUUGUAAUCAGCAAUGUAACUUUUGGAUUACUCAAACUCAGUAAUGUAAUCUGAUUACUUUCCCCUUAAGAGGCGCAGGUUAUUGGCUGGCAAGUCAUAAAAUCUGAUAUUAAACCUAACCUUAAGCACACUGCUAACCCUAAUUCCUAACCCUAACCUUAAAAGCUCAUUUUAGUUUUCAUACAUUUUUACAAUAUAGUCCAUUUUGAGGUUAUGGUUAGGCAUUAGUGUUAGCAGUGUAGUUAAGGUUAGGGUUAGAUUUCAAAUCAGAUUUUACGUCUUUGUGGCUGUUCCAGCCACGAACCUGUGCGUUACAAUUUUGAAGACAAAAUUACCAAUUGAUUUAUCCUGCAAUAAAUGUUGUUCAAUCUUAGAGUUUACAGAGUUCGCCAUAAAUGGAUGUUGUAUUUGACUUUAUUGGUUGGUUAUGUGGGGUUCUUCUAACCCAUUGCUUUUUACUACAGAUAAUAAUACGAUUAGGCUAUAUCUUUACAUUUAAAAAAAACAGUGUCAGAUUUCCAGUCAUUCCAAUUAAUGUAAUACCCCUUGAUCUUCAAGAAUAGGACUUGGAAAUGUACACUGAUCAAAAAUAUAAACGCAACAUGUAAAGUGUUGGUCCCAUUGUUUCAUGAGCUGAAAAAAAAGGUCCCAGAAAUGUUCUAUAUGCACAUAAACCUUAUCUGCAGAAAUUUGUUUACAUCCCCAUUUCUCCUCUGCCAAGAUAAUCCAUCCACCUGACAGGUGUGACAUAUUAAACAGCAUGAUCAUUACACAGGUGCACCUUGUGCUGGGGACAAUAAAAGGCCACUAAAAUGUGUAGUUUUGUUACACAACACAAUGCCACAGAUGUCUUAAGUUUUGAUGGAGCAUGCAAUUGGCAUGCUGACUGCAGGAUUGCCCAACAGAGCUGUUCGCCAGAGAAUUUAAUGUUCAUUUCUCUACCAUAAGCCGCCUCCAACAUUGUUUUAGAGAAUUUGGCAGUACCUCCAACCAGCCUCACAACCGCAGACCACGUGUAUGGCGUCGUGUGGGCGAGCGGUUUGCUGAUGUCAACGUUGUGAACAGCGUGCCCGAUGGUGGCAGUUGGGUUAUGGUAUGGGCAGGCAUAAGCUAUGGACAACGAACACAAUUGCAUUUUAUCGAUGGCAAUUUGAAUGCACAGAGAUACUGUGAUGAGAUCCUGAGGCCCAUUGUCGUACCAUUUAUCCGCCGCCAUCACCUCACGUUUCAGCAUGAUAAUGCACGGUCCCAUGACACAAGGAUCUGUACACAAUUCCUGGAAUCUGAAAAUGCCCCAGUUCUUCCAUGGCCUGCAUUCUCACAGACAUGUCACCCAUUGAGCAUGUUUGGGAUGCUCUGGAUCGACGUGUACAACAGUGUGUUCCAAUUCCCGCCAAUAUCCAGCAACUUCACACAGCCAUAGAAGAGGAGUGGGACAACAUUCCACAAGCCAAAAUCAACAGCCUGAUCUACUCUAUGCGAAGGAAAUGUGUCGCGCUGCAUGAGGCAAAUGGUGGUCACACCAGAUACUGACUGGUUUUCUGAUCCACACGCCUACCUUUUUUUAAAGGUAUCUAUGACCAACAGAUACAUAUCUGUAUUCCCAGACAUGUGAAAUCCAUAGAUUAAGUGCCUAAUGAAUUUAUUUCAAUUGACUGAUUUCCUUAUAUGAACUGUAACUCAGUCUUUGAAAUUGUUGCAUGUUUUGUUAAUAUUUUUGUUCAGUAUACAUUAGCAAAAUUGUUUUACCUGAGCAUAACUCAAAAACGAAGGACUAAUUAGCCUCAUUUGUUGUUUUAGAUUUUGUUGUCAUGGAGGACUGAUUGGGCUGAUUGCUUUGAGUUGAAAAAUGAAGAAAAUAAAAGCCCCACUGGUGGUCUUCUUAAAUUAAACUAGUUUUUGACAGUAUGGAGCACAAUACCACGGGGGAGCUUAGAAGGGAGGAACUCCAACUUUUCCAUAGGCUAGGAUCCACACUAUGCAGUUGUUGCAAGAGCACAUUUUUCACUGGCUGUCCACUGCGGGCGUAUUCAUUACUCCGAUUCUGUUGCAAAACGUUUCUUAAACGGAAGUAAACUGAACGAAAUGGGGAGGACCUAUCUGAAGUUCUCAUUUUGCUCUAUUUGCUUCCAUUUGGUUCUGAAAUGGUUUCCUUAAUGAAUACACCCCUGGUCGCAAAAACAAUGAUUGAUAGGCAGCUUAAACUUCUUAAAUUCAACCAUUAUUGGGUUUAAAUACACAUACAAUUGUGAACAGCCAUCCACAACAACAACAUUCUGUAUGGCGCAAAUAAAUGAGAGAGCAGCAGUGUGAUUCACCUCAAUGCGCUAUGUAGCCUAGAUAUCAAUAAGUGAUGUCAGUAAGCUACAUACCACUGCUGUCGUCCUGACCUCCAAGCAUUUAUUCAAAUUGGAUCAUCUUUGACGCCGACAGAAGUCACACAAUUGGAAGACAUAGCUUGGACUGUAGCCUACAAAAGCAUAUUAUUGCUCUUUUCCCGCGAUCCAUCAAACACAUUUGGUGUGUCAUCAUAGUGGUCUCUGAUUUGUGAUCAGACUCACUCUAACUUAACGUGCGCCUUUUUCAACGCUGAUUUGAAUGUCAUUGAGUAAACAGGUGUCCGCAAAAAUAUUUUCUGAAUGUAAAGUUUUUCAAAAAUAUCUAGUCUGAUUACAAUAUUUUUGCUGAUAACAUAACGGAUUACAGUUACAGGUUUUUUGUAGUCCGUUACAUGUAAUCCGUUACUCCCCAACCCUGUUAGCCAGUAAUGUAGCUUCAUACAAAUGAUCCCCCCCUGCUUGACUGCUGCUUCAAUUUCUCUGAAGUGAGAUGUACCACACUGGGAGGUAUGCACUACAACAAAUGUACUCAUAUUGAAUUUAAGUCGGAGUGAAUCUCUUUGCCCAUGAUGCUCGCUGUCAAAAAUAUUUAUUACACACACACACAGUCUUUCACGGUCCUUCAAAUCAAAGAUUUAAAAAAAAACUAAUGUUUGAGUAAUCUUGGCUAGUCUGCUCGGUAAGAUUAUUUGUGUGUGUGUGUGUGUGUGUCCUCCACACUCCUGGCUAGGAUGGGAAUUGGAAGGACAGAGAGAGCACAGGUGCAGCAUAAAGAAUUAAAUUGAAAGUUGGAAUAAUUGGGUAGUCAGACUUUGAGAGAAAGGAGCAGAGCGGAGCACAAGGUCUUCUCCUUCCGUUUAACCAUGCUGAUGAUUCAAAUGGAGGCUGGCUGCCUGCUAACCUUGAGUAGACACAGUAGAGGGGGAGAGAGAGGCUCUUAAUGAACUCAACAACAGUCAGGUCGGCUCUGAAUGGCAAAUGUGUUAAAGUCUUAAAGAAUACAGAGGGAAGAUGGCAAGUGGUAUGUGUCUAUUAUAGUUGCAUACAAGACUGUAAAACCGGAGGUCGAACCAGAAGGAAUGCAGAAACUUUUGAUUUGAAACAAUUUCACUCUUCAUAAGUAGAGCUUUGCUUAUAACUGCUUAUAACUCUCUCUCCCUUGCGUCUAUGUACGUGUCUCAAAAGAAGGAGAGAUCCCACAGCAGAGAGGGAGAAAGAGAGAGGGAUAGAUAG